AGGUAUGGAUAUCACCAACAAACGUCUCCCGCCCCAUACUCUGUGCAAGAUGAACAGCAGAUGUGGCAUCACCCAGCGGCUGCCCAUUCCGCGGUCCCAGUGUUUCAACAUGAAUUCACGGACUUCAUCCACAACACCAUUCCUGCGUUGCAACACUCCUCACCACAAGGCGCCACGCAAGCACCCCCGCCCGAUUGCGUGGCCGGGCCUAUGGAGGCGAGUGCCCCAGGCGGGCAACAGUUAUCCUCGCCCCCAGUCACUGUGUCGGGUAGUGAGAUGAGCAGCCCGGGCGGCAACAGUGCAGGGACCGCAACGCCGCCCCAUCAUAUGCACCACCAUCACAUGGGCGGUGCUGGGCACCAGGGUAGGCCCGCCCCUGCGAGGAGUCCCUUCGAGUGGAUCAAGAAGACUAGCUACCAGACGCAGCCGAAUCCUGUUGAUGAAGCAAUGUUUUUCUACUUGAGUAUACAGUCUUAUUCGUUCUAUUAUUCGUUAUAUGAUAGACAAAUUACUUUGUUCAAUAUCUAUUGUUUUCUGUGAAACUUGUGACAAAUAAAGUCUUUCCGUUGUGUAUUUAUAA